AUGGAGAAGGACCUUGAAGCGAGGGCAGGUAGCCCUGUUGGCAGCUCCAACGUGUCUGAGGGCAAGGUUGAAUAUCCUCGAGCUUCUACCGCUGUCGGUCGCUUCCUGGACGGCUUCAAACGGAACCCCAAUGCUCGUGUCACUGCUCAAGCCAUCGACGCCAAUGGCCGAAUCCUCAAAGAUCAACCCCCGGCCGAGCCAGCCCUGGCUAUGAAGUUGAAACAACGACAUUUGCAAAUGAUUGCCAUUGGCGGUUCCAUCGGAACGGGUUUAUUCGUUGGCUCUGGCUCUGCCCUCGCCAGCGGUGGCCCUGCAUCCCUGGUCCUCGCAUAUGGUCUCAUCGGCUUGACCUUGUACUGCACCACUCAUGCUCUCGGCGAACUUGCAGUGCAGUAUCCUGUUGCUGGGGCGUUCUCUGUCUAUGCCAGUCGGUUCGUGGACGAGGCUUGGGGAUUUGCCAUGGGCUGGAAUUACGCGCUUCAGUGGCUCGUGACGCUCCCGCUUGAAAUCGUUGCCGCGUCGCUCACGCUCGAAUUCUGGCCUGGCAGUCGAGGCACUAACGGAGCCGCUUGGGUCACGAUUUUUCUGGUUGCUAUCAUCCUCAUCAACUUCUUCGGCGUCAGAGGCUAUGGCGAGGCCGAGUUCAUCUUCUCGAUCAUCAAGGUUCUCGCUGUGAUUGGCUUCAUCAUUCUCGGAAUUAUCAUCAACACAGGUGGAGUUGGGAGCCAAGGAUAUAUUGGGACACGUUACUGGUACGAACCAGGUGCCUUUAAUCAUGGGUUCAAAGGCCUCUGCUCAGUCUUUGUGACUGCCGCAUUCUCAUUCAGUGGGACCGAAUUGGUCGGCCUUGCCGCUGCUGAGACGGAGAACCCGCGCCUUGCGCUGCCUACCGCGGUAAAGCAGGUCUUCUGGCGAAUUGCCCUCUUCUACAUGGUGUCCCUCACCAUCGUCGGCGUUCUCGUCCCCUACAACGACCCAAUGUUGCUCAACGGCAACUCUUCGGCCGAUGCCAAUGCUUCCCCAUUCGUCAUCGCGGUACGCAAUGCUGGCAUCGAUGCUGUUCCAUCGAUCAUGAAUGUCGUCAUCCUGAUCGCUGUCCUUUCAGUCGGAAACUCAUCGGUCUACGGUGCAAGCCGUACGCUAGCUGCGCUGGCCGAUAUGGGUCAAGCCCCAAAGAUUCUAGGCUAUGUCGACCGUGAGGGGCGUCCUCUGGUCGCUAUCAUUGUCUCGUCACUUCUUGGAUUUCUGUGUUACAUCGUUGCAGCUGGACCGGACACCACCGGCGAAGCCUUCAAUUGGAUGAUUGCAAUCAGUGGUCUGGCCGCCAUCUUCACGUGGGGCACUAUCUGCUUAUGCCACAUUCGCUUCCGGAGGGCCUGGCGAAUGGCCGGCCACACCCUGGACGAACUCCCUUUCAAAUCACAAGCUACCGUCUAUGGCUCCUGGAUCGGCCUGAUCAUGAACUGCCUGAUCCUUGUUGCGCAGUUUUGGACCGGUUUCGCUCCAGUCGGCUAUGCUGAAAUGUCUGCCUCGGAACUUGUCAAGGGGUUCUUUGAGGUUUACCUUGCUGCUCCAAUCGUCCUUGCCAUGUACAUCGGAUACAAGUUGUGGUACAGGACGAAGAUCAGGAGGGCUGGGGAGAUUGAUAUCACGAGCGGUCGAAGAGAGGUCGAGAAUCUUCAGCAGAUCCUGGAGGAAGAGCGCAGGGUCCAAAAGACCUGGCCAUGGUGGAAGAGGACCUGGAAGACAGUGUGCUAG